AAUUAUAUACAAACCAUUCUUACUUCAAAUUCUCGUGUAUUGUUUAUAUAUGGAGACUCUGAUCAAUUUACAGGAGUAGGAAAAUAUAAGCAAUGGAUUAAAGACAAUAAAGUGGAAGAGAAGGCAUUAUGGACUAUUAAAGAAUUAAAAGACGUUGAUCAUUUUUAUUCUAGGCAAAGAAUGGAAGAUAAGUUGAUUAUAGCUUUAGAUGAGUGGGUUAAUAAUGUUUUUAGUAAUGCAAAAUAA